CCAUCCUCUGCUAGCCCGAAAGCCCAGCCUCCUCGAGUAGCUGGUGCAGUUUGAUAACACGGACCAGGCAGGACUGUAUAGCUACAGGAUUUCAGUGUUUGCAGCGAUACUAGAUACUUUGUUUAAUAGCAUGAUUCGUGUACGAGCAUCGUAGAUAGCUGAAACGCGAUAGCUCCAAGGCGCUGUUUUGGCAAGUCGCCUGUUUUAACCCAUCUAUUGUUGCGCGCGUCUGCCAGCGUUUUGAUUACAGUGAGUAGGAAGGAAGAAAACGCACACACCCCUCCGCUCUUAUGGUAGUGACGAGAGGGAGGCUCGGGAAAAAGAAAGAAUAGGUAGAGACAUCUCGAUUGUUGUCUUUUGGAAAGUUGAAUCUACUUCCGAGGAUAAAGGUUGGUCAUCCCAAUGGCGUCAAUUUCGAAGGUGUCCAUUCUGGAUUACUUCAACAUCGUGUUCGAGGGGGAGAACGGCAAGAUCGAGUCCAACUGUAAAGCAUGCGGCACCAGGAUACAGGCGAAGAGGAGCGUCACAUCCAACUUCGUCACACAUCUCAAGAGGAAGCACCAGGCGAUGUACGAUGAGUUUGUAAAGAAGAAGGAUAUGAAGCGAGAAGCCUACUCCUCAUCUUCCUCCUCCCUCCAUCCCUACUCCUCAUCCUCCCUUCACAGCCUGGCCAACGGAGGAGGCCAUCGCUGCAAUCACUCCAUCACCGCUGGAGGGGUGGGAGUAGGGGGAGGGGGAGGAAGAGAGGGAGCAGGAGAAGGGGUAACGAAGUUCCACAGACACGACCCUCGCCAGGUGCUGAUCUCGGAGGCGAUAGCGAAGAUGCUGGUCCAGGACCUCCAGCCUGCCUCCCUAGUGGAUCUCAGAGGAUUCAGAGAGUUACUGCAGCUGUUAGAGCCUCGCUAUACCCCCGAGCCCCCCAGAUACCUCCACACCCAGCUCCUCCCAGCCUACGCCUACCAGGCCCAGCUGGCCACCAGACAGGCCCUGGCCUCAGCCCUCUCUCUCAGCCUCUCUGUCUCCCUCUGGAGGGGUUUCCUUGGGACCGCAGCAGGGAUUAACACUGGGUACCUGGGGGUGACCUGCCACUUCCUGUCGUCUGAUUGGCAGAUGCGUUCCGCCCUGCUGGCCUGCCUGCCUCUGGUUGGUGGGCUCUCGGCCAAUCGCGUGAUAGCAGAGUUCGAGGAGGUGUGUGUGGCGCACGGCGUUUCGGGCCGAGCGUUCCGUGUCGUGGCUGACCCAUUUCCCGCUGAAACUCACCCCUCAUGCCGCCUACCAGGGUUCUGUAUCCACGGCAACCCGGGAGAUGAUGCCGACGAGGAAGAGGAGGAGAGUGGGGAUGAAGGAGGAGAGAGGGAAGGAGAGGUAGAGCAGGAGGACUGGUGGGAGGGAGGUCUGGGGUCUGGCAGAAUAGACUGUUUCUGUUGUUCUCUGGGUCAGUGUGUGAGAGAUGGACUGCUCUCCUCCUCUCCUCUCCUCUCCUCCACCUUGGCUAAAGCCUCAUCCUUCUAUAACUAUGUCACCUCCGCCGUGCCACACGACAAACUGGUGGGCCUGUUGCGAGGGGGGUUGGGGGGGGCGGGGAGCAGCAGGGCUGGAGAGCGAGACUGGGCCGUACAACUCAAGGUGUUGCGUGGUCUUCUGGACUCAGCAGAGUUCUUGGAGGAUGUCUCUGACCGGGCUGACCUGGUGCUGAGUGGCCAGGAGGUGGCGCUGCUCAGAGAACUGACAGACACACUGGAACCCUUUACUGAGGCCUGGGACAUGGUCCACACACACAGACAGGGUGACAGACACGUCUCCAUCAGUCUGGCUCUGCCCUGUGUCCUGGGGCUCCGUAAGCACCUGUCAGAGUGCGUCUCCCCCCAGCUACCCUGCCUGCUGCUGGGCUUGUCUCAAGCCGUAGAACGCCGCCUGGCUCCCAUCUUGGAGGACCCUCUGUACGUCACUGCCACCACCCUGGACCCACAGUUCAAACUCACCUGGAGCUCAGACCCUGACUGGCACAGACAGGUCCUCCUGGACGAGGUCACCAAACACACACAAACACAGGGCCCCAGCAUGGAGCUCACCCCCCAGGCCCAGUCCCCUGACGCAGCUUUGUCCCCAGCCUCGUCCCCUCUUCCCUCCUCCACUUCGCUCAGCAGGCCCUGCAAGCUGUUCUCCUUCAUCAAGCAAAGGCCCACAGCGCAGGCAAAGAGUGUGGAGCAGGAGCUGGUAGGGUACCUGCGUGAGGAGCCCACUGAGGAGGAGCCUCUCCACUACUGGAGACGAAAGACUAUAGACUUCCCUCAGCUCAGCCAGGUGGCCAAGCGGGCGUUUACUGUGCCGGCUGGGACCUCCACCGUGGAGACCAUCUUUACCUCGGCCAGACACUGGCUCCAACCCGGCAGAGGCAGGGCUCUCCCCAAAAACCUUGAGACACUCAUCUAUCUCAAAACCAACUAUAGGUUACUGUGGACUUAAUGGAUCAGCCCUAAACCCGAGGCACUAACACAGCUACAGAGACACAAACACAGCUACAGGCUGGUAAUGUUGUCCAUGUAACCCGAUGGAGACUCAAACUUGAAGACCAAUUACAGACUACUGUGGACUUCGACACAGACCGCUAUGGACAGAAACACUAUAGUCCAUGUAGCCUACAGGUUUCAGACCUAAACACCAUAAUCCAUGAAGCCUACAGGUUUCAGACCUAAACACUAUAGUCCAUGUAGCCUACAGGUUUCAGACCUAAACACUAUAGUCCAUGUAGCAUACAGGUUUCAGACCUAAACACCAUAAUCCAUGAAGCAUACAGGUUUCAGACCUACAGUGCCUUGCAAAAGUAUUCACCCCCCCCCCCUUGGUGAUUUGCCUACUUUGUUGCAUUACAACCUGUAAUUUAAACAGAUUUUUAUUUGGAGUUCAUGUAAUAGACAUACACACAAUAGUACAAAUUGGUGAAGUGAAAUGAAGAAAAUUACUUGUUUAAAAGAAUUCAAUAAAAUCACAAACUGAAAAGUGGUGCGUGCAUAUGUUUUCACCCCCUUUGCUAUGAAGACCCUAAAUAAGAACUGGUGCAACCAAUUACCUUCAGAAGUCACAGAAUUAGUUAGAUUGUACACAGGUGGACUUUAUUUAAGUCACAUGAUCUCAGUAUAUAUACACCUGUUCUGAAAGGCCCCAGAGUCUGCAAAACCACCAAGCAAGCGGCACCAUGAAGACCAAGGAGCUCUCCAAACAGGUCAGGGACAAAGUUGUGGAGAAGUACAGAUCAGGGUUGGGUUAUAAAAAAAUAUCUGAAACUUUGAACAUCCCACGGAGCACCAUUAAAUCCAUUAUUAGAAAAUGGAAAGAAUAUGGCACCAAAACUCAUGGACCAGGCAAGGAGGGCAUUAAUCAGAGAGGCAACAAAGUGACCAAAGAUAACCCUGAAGGAGCUGCAAAGCUCCACAGCGGAGAUUGGAGUAUCUGUCCAUAGGACCACUUUAAGCUGUACACUCCACAGAGCUGGACUUUACGGAAGAGUGGCCAGAAGAAAGCCAUUGCUUAAAGAAAAAAAAUAAGCAAACGCGUUUGGUGUUCACCAAAAGGCAUGUGGGAGACUCCCCAAACAUAUGGAAGAAGGUACUCUGGUCAGAUGAGACUAAAAUUUAGCUUUUUGGCCAUCAAGGAAAACGCUAUGACUGGCACAAACCCAACACCUUUCAUCACCCCGAGAAGACCAUCCCCACAGUGACGCAUGGUGGUGGCAGCAGCAUGCUGUGGGGAUGUUUUUCAUCGGCAGGGACUUUGAAACUGGUCAGAAUUGAAAGAAUGAUGGAUGGCGCUAAAUACAGGGAAGUUCCUGAGGGAAACCUGUUUAAGUCUUCCAGAUAUUUGAGACUGGGACGGAGGUUCACCUUCCAGCAGAACAAUGAUCCUAAGUACACUGCUAAAGCAACACUUGAGUGGUUUAAGGGGAAACAUUUAAAUAUCUUGGAAUAGCCUGGUCAAAACCCAGACCUCAAUCCAAUUGAGAAUCUGAGGUACGAUUUAAAGAUUGCUGUACACCAGCAGAACCCCUCCAACUUGAAGGAGCUGGAGCAGAUUGCUGUACACCAGCAGAAACCCUCCAACUUGAAGGAGCUGUAGCAGUUUUGCCUUGACGAAUGGACAAAAAUCCCAGUGGCUGGAUGUGCCAAGCUUAUAGAGACAUAUUCCAAGAGACUUGCAGCUGAGAUUGCUGUUAAAGAUGGCUCUACAAGGUAUUGACUUGGGGGGGGGGGGGGUGAAUAGUUAUGCACGCUCAAGUUUUCUGUUUUCUAACCCUUAUUUCUUGCUUGAUAAAUAUGUUGCAUCUUCAAAGUGAUUGGCAGGUGUGUAAAUCAAAUGAUACAAACCCUCUGAAAAUCAAUUUUCAUUCCACAAAAUAGGAAAAAUGCCAAGGGGGGUGAAUACUUUCGCAAGCCACUGUAAACACUAUAGUUCAUGAAGCCUACAGGUUUCAGACUGCUAUGGACGUAAACACUAUAAUCCAUGUUCCCUACAGGUUUCAGACCUGAACACUAUAGUCAAUAUAGUCCAUGUUCCUACAGGUUUCAGACCUGAACACUAUAGUUCAUGAAGCCUACAGGUUUCAGACUGCUAUGGACGUAAACACUAUAAUCCAUGUUCCCUACAGGUUUCAGACCUGAACACUAUAGUCCAUUUAGCCUACAGGUUUCAGACUGCUUUGUACCUAAACACUGUACCCAGCUGACAACGAACAUUCCCACAACUUUAGAAAACGAGUCUCAUUAGGUCAUUAAAUAAUGUUUUUCAUACGAAUGUUCCUGUGAUGUGCAAGGAAUGUUUUCAAAAGACAAUUCAUUUUAAUAUCCAAUAGAACUUGGUUACCAUGUUUUCAGAACUUAAUAUUUCCCCAAUUGUUUUAUUUAUUACACAUCAAGGCCCUGCUUGGUGAACCACUGAUCCCCUCAUAGCUAUUUGUCUGUUGUCAAGGAGACUCACACACACACAGUGCUUUUAACAUACUGUUUUCAACAAACAUAUUUGACACAUUUUGACAAACGUGAUUAUAUAGUGCAUGUUCAUUUGUUACAUUAUUAUUCUCACCUGGGAUUUGAACUCACAACCUAUUGGUUCAUGGUACUCUGAUCUUCCUGCUUCGCCUCCAUGUUGGGUCUCAGUUAAUCUGAAUAUUCUCUCAUUUAUUUGAUAUACUUAUUUCAGCAAUUUAAUGGCUUUCUGUAUAAUUGUCUAACUUUGGGUCAUUUUAACCUGUAUUAAAUGAUACUCCUGAAACACUAGUAUGAUUAUUAAAAUAUUUUCUCGAGUGUAUUUUCAACAGAGUUGAGAUUCCACCUAUCAGGUUGUUUCAGAUCAAAUACCUAGGGAGGAGGGGUUAAGGUUUCUUCAGGACAGGGCUAUACUGGCCCAAUAAGUACAUGUCCUAGAGAUAUCCCUUACUGGGGUAGUGGUUAGGACUUUCAUCAUUAGUGCUGGUGGCCUGGGUUUGAGACCCUCUAAUAGCAGUUAUAUAUUGUUACAACACACCUCUCUGAUCUAAUGAGUUCAAUUCAAUUCAAGGGCUUUAUUGGCAUGGGAAACGUGUUAACAUUGCCAAAGCAAGUAAGGUAGAUAAUAUAUAAAGUGAAAUAAACAAUAAAAAUCACACAUACAGAAGUUUCAAAACAAUAAAGACAUUACAAAUGUCAUUAUAUAUAUAUAUAUAUAUCAGUGUUUUAACAAUGUGUGUGUAUAUAUAUAUACACACACAGUGUUUUAACAAUGUACAAAUGGUAAAGGACACAAGAUAAAAUAAAGAAGCAUAGAUAUGGGUUGUAUUUACAAUGGUGCGUGUUCUUCACUGGUUGCCCUUUUCUCGUGGAGUUUCUCAUUGAAAAGGGAGUCUGUAUGUACUCCUUGAGCACCAACUAUGACUGCUUUUCCUUUACCUCCUGUUCAGUAUUCAUUCUAUAAAGAUGAGCAUCAUGGUUUUCUGGAACUCUACUAUAUCAUUCAAGUUCUAAAAUGGAUGCAGCAACUGCAGAUGUCUCCUUUUAACAAAGUAUUUCUGUGACUGGUCCCAAGGUAUUCUGGUGUGUAUUUAUCCACAUUAAAACUUGGAGACGGAACUCUGUUGUUUUGGUAUAACUGACAUCAUCGUUACUUAAAUGGUAGAUUUGAGAAAGUGAAGCCAUGCGGCUGUAAAUAUAGAAUAUGAAAUGACAUUAACAUACAUUGCUAAGAAUGUGACAGUACCCUACCCCCUCCUCACUAGACCUGAAACAACUUGACAGGUGGAAGCAAUAGGGUGAAUGCACUGAAGUAAAUCUCAGCUGUGUUAAAACUACACUCAAUAAAUGCUUUUAUUGAUCAAAGUGAUUCAGGAGUAUUAUUAAAACAGGUUAUAUGCCUCACCAACAUUGGACAACUAGACACAAAAGCCCUUCAGUAAAUCAAAUCAAUGAUGAGAGAUGGUUAAGAGGAUUCUGAGAUAAUUGUCUUUUAAAGUUUCUAACCCUCAUUGGUGUCAGCCAGUUUUAUCUUGUAUUCGUUUGAAUUUAGCAACAUGAAUUUGAGUCCUAUAUGCACUGAACUAAAAUACAAACGCAACAUGUAAAGUAUUGGUCCCAUGUUACAUUACAUGAGAUUAAAUAAAAGAUCCCAGAAAUCUUC